AUGGCGAAGCGGCAGGACACAAAGAAAUUAUUUGAGAAUCUCUCUGGGGCCGGGAAAUCCAUCGGCGUUCUGACAAGCGGAGGAGAUGCCCAAGGUAUCGGUUACUGAAACAAGUGGAUAAGAGUUAUAUUGUAUCAAAUGGAUUACAGUGUAAUAACUACAUGAUACUAAAAGGGAAACAAACUGUUGAGUUAUCCGUUUUUCAAGUGCUGUCAUUGGCAGUGUUUAGCCUACAGGAUAAAUGUAUCUUACAGUAGGCCUAUUUGUUCUCGUAUGGUCAACAAAAUAAUGCAACAGAUGAUAUGGUUGAGUAUGGACACUGACAGUCAUAUAGUCUAAGCUAUUCAACAGAAACAUUUUAAAUAUAGUGGCCUAACCAUUAUUUGUGGAAUAGGCCAAUUAUUUGUUAUGUGGUCCUCUGUAGCUCAAUUGGUAGAGCAUAGCGCUUGCAAAGCCAGGGUAGUGGGUUCGAUCCCCGGGACCACCCAUUCGUAAAAACGUACGCACACAUGACUGUAAGUCGCUUUGGAUAAAAGCGUCUGCUAAAUGGCAUAUUAUUAUUAUUUGGAAGUUAUGUUACAAUUUCUCGCCAUUCAAAGAAAUGUGAUUAUGCACUCUUAUAAUCGAUAAAACACAUGUAGCCUAUAGUAACAAAUAAGUUAGGAUACCAUCUUUGAGGAUACUGAAGCCUGCAUUGCAGACUUCCAAUCGUUGAGUAGUUAACGUGGCGCAGAAAUGUCAUAAAGUGUGCAUCUAUCGCGCCCUGCAUGUUCAACUCUACGUGCCAAGAUUUUAGCGAACAAGGAAAUUAUAGUGCAUAGCCUAUCAAUAGGCCUACACCUCAAAUUCCAUCAUUGGCGUAUGCCCAAUAUUGUAAUGAAUGGAACUUUAUAGCAGACUGUUGCAAUGCGUUAAAACACAGGAAGGGUGGGGGUCAUGUAGGGCAGGCCUACGUGAGGAGCGGGAAGUAGUGGGGUUUGCCCAAUGACUUAUAUAUAAACUAGAUGUCUGAUUGGGGGAGCUGUGUUGAGCCAACUGGCUUCCAUCUUGGCACGCCCCCACCGUUGUAAAACAUAUUUUGGAAGUGAUAGAAAUGCAUUUAUUAAUGUCUACAUUCGUUUUUGCCACGUUUAUUCUAUUAAAGACAUGUUAAUGCAUACUUUUAAAUUAUAUGAUGUGAGCUAAGCAUAAAAAUAAAACAUGGAAAAUAUAUAAAAACAUUUUCCUUAAAGUAUAAUUUUUUAGAGAUGACUAAUGUUACUGUCCCCGCUACAACCAAAACAUACUUGAAUACAUGUAAUUUUGUCCUUGAAACAUUUAAUUGAAAUAGGCUACUGUAGAAUUCUAUUCAUUCCUAUGGAGGACUUCUCCUACUGGGGAGUGCCAAUAUGGCCGAUCUGUGGGUUCAAAGUCUCUCAAUGGCCAAUACAUGGCGUUGGCAAUCCAGGGUUUAUAUACAUCACUGGUUUUGCCUCUAUGCGUCACUAUUCCAAAGAUUGUAUAUUACAUUGACAAGAUAGUUAAGUGACCACUCUAACGAUGGAAAUACAUGUCCUCAAAGAUGGAAGACAGGUGGGAGGAGGCGAGAUCAGGUGGGACCUUUCUAGCCAAUGAGAGGGCACAUACAGGUGUGAACAACAGGCCAUAGAGAUAGAAGACUCAUCUUUGUAUCUGUGCCAUUAUAGCGUCUGUGACAGCAUGGGCAGCGCCAUUUAGCAUGGAACAGGUGUGUCUGUCUGUGUCUGCGUCUCGCACACGUGAUGGAGCAAAGUGACAGACAACUGAUGAGGAACGGGCUGUUUUACCGUAGUGAGUUAGGCUAUAAAUCAUGGGUUGGAUAGAAGCAAAGUCUGCAGUCUUGAGAACUGGAUAAUAAUUGCUUUGCUCCUCUCUUAAAUAGGCUAUUGUUUGUUAUAUCGCUCAUAAAGCUGUGAUUGAGAAUAGCCUAUGCCUAGGCCUAUAGACUCCGACUUCCAUUAUUGUUCUUUUUGAAAGCAGCAACUUUAGGACAAUAGUAACUUCUUAGGCUAUUAGAAUAUUUGGGAAAUAGGCUAGUUGUUCAUAACUUUAAUUUGUCUUAAACCCUUAUGGAAAAAACACAUUUCACGUGAUGACAUUACUUUAUGUUAAUGUGAUAACAUGUGACAACAUGUGAGCAUGUGAAAACAUGAUCUCGUGUUAAAUAAAUGUGACAACAUGGGGAUGCAAAAUUUCAACAUGUGAUACCAUGAAUUUACACAUGUGAUGACAUUUGAGCACAUGUGAAAACCCUGUGUCAAAUGUCAUUGAGAAUAUUUUAUUUCAAAAUGCAUAAUGGACAUUAAUUCAAUCAGUCAUCGUCCCCUGCAAGUUUUAUCUAGUUCCCUGUUUGUGGAGAAUAAUGUUUUUAGAAUGUUGUGUCAUGGUCCCCUGGAUAACUUGGGACCAGCCUCACUUGGGAUUUGAACUCACAACCUCUUGGCUGCUACCAGAAUUCCUGUUGAGCCACCAGGUCUGUGGACAUAAUGGGGAGAGGCUAUACAUACUGUACUGUAUGCUGCCAAAAAUGCAUUUUUGCACUUUGCCUAAAGUAUAUACAAAACUUGAAGGUGUUAUUUCUAUAAAAUGGCAGUAUGCUGCUGUAUUCUGAUUUCAAUUAGUGUAAAACAAAUACUGUAUUAUUUCGUACUGUGACCACACUUGGGAUUUCAACUUAAAACCUCUCAUUCACUAGCAAUCUGAAAUGUCCUGCUACAUUUCCUGCUACACCACCAGGUCUGUGAGCAUAAAAUAGAUAUGGCUACAGACUUAUUGGCAAGAAUACAUUCAUGCACUUUGCUUAAAGCUGACCAGAAUCAAGUAAAUCAUUGUCCAAUUAUCACCACCAACAUUACAUCAACGUAAAACUACCAGUGCUCAAGGAAACCUGACACCGAGGAUACAGUGAGGGAAAAAAGCAUUUGAUCCCCUGCUGAUUUUGUACGUUUGCCCACUGACAAAGAAAUUAUCAGUCUAUAAUUUUAAUGGUAGGUUUAUUUGAACAGUGAGAGACAGAAUAACAACAAAAAAAUCCAGAAAAACGCAUGUAAAAAAUGUUAUAAAUUGAUUUGCAUUUUAAUGAGGGAAAUAAGUAUUUGACCCCCUCUCAAUCAGAAAGAUUUCUGGCUCUCAGGUGUCUUUUAUACAGGUAACGAGCUGAGAUUAGGAGCACACUCUUAAAGGGAGUGCUCCUAAUCUCAGUUUGUUACCUGUAUAAAAGACACCUGUCCACAGAAGCAAUCAAUCAAUCAGAUUCCAAACUCUCCACCAUGGCCAAGACCAAAUAGCUCUCCAAGGAUGUCAGGGACAAGAUUGUAGACCUACACAAGGCUGGAAUGGGCUACAAGACCAUCGCCAAGCAGCUUGGUGAGAAGGUGACAACAGUUGGUGCGAUUAUUCGCAAAUGGAAGAAACACAAAAUAACUGUCAAUCUCCCUCGGCCUGGGGCUCCAUGCAAGAUCUCACCUCGUGGAGUUGUAAUGAUCAUUAGAAUGGUGAGGAAUCAGUCCAGAACUACACGGGAGGAUCUUGUCAAUGAUCUCAAGGCAGCUGGGACCAUAGUCACCAAGAAAACAAUUGGUAACACACUACGCCGUGAAGGACUGAAAUCCUGCAGCGCCGCAAGGUCCCCCCUGCUCAAGAAAGCACAUAUACAUCCCCUUCUGAAGUUUGCCAAUAAACAUCCGAAUGAUUCAGAGGAGAACUGGGUGAAAGUGUUGUGGUCAGAUGAGACCAAAAUGGAGCUCUUUGGCAUCAACUCAACUCGCCGUGUUUGGAGGAGGAGGAAUGCUGCCUAUGACCCCAAGAACACCAUCCCCACCGUCAAACAUGGAGGUGGAAACAUUAUGCUUUGGGGGUGUUUUUCUGCUAAGGGGACAGGACAACUUCACCUCAUCAAAGGGACGAUGGACGGGGCCAUGUACUGUCAAAUCUUGGGUGAGAACCUCCUUCCCUCAGUUAGGGCAUUGAAAAUGGGUCGUGGAUGGGUAUUCCAACAUGACAAUAACCCAAAACACACGGCCAAGGCAACAAAGGAGUGGCUCAAGAAGAAGCACAUUAAGGUCCUGGAGCGGCCUAGCCAGUCUCCAGACCUUAAUCCUAUAGAAAAUCUGUGGAGGGAGCUGAAGGUUCAAGUUGCCAAACGUCAGCCUCGAAACCUUAAUGAUUCGGAGAAGAUCUGCAAAGAGGAGUGGGACAAAAUCCCUCCUGAGAUGUGUGCAAACCUGGUGGCCAACUACAAGAAACGUCUGACCUCUGUGAUUGCCAACAAGGGUUUUGCCACCAAGUACUAAGUCAUGUUUUGCAGAGGGGUCAAAUACUUAUUUCCCUCCUUAAAAUGCAAAUCAAUUUAUAACAUUUUUGACAUGCGUCUUUCUGGAUUUUUUUGUUGUUAUUCUGUCUCUCACUGUUCAAAUAAACCUACCAUUAAAAUUAUAGACUGAUCAUGUCUUUGUCAGUGGGCAAACGUACAAAAUCAGCAGGGGAUCAAAUACUUUUUUCCCUCACUGUACAUGAAUUUGCAACCUCUUGGUUGAGUGCAUCUGUGAUGAUGUGAUGUCGAAGGAGUCAGGCGCAGGAGGGUAAAUCACAGAAUAACAGGCUUUAUUCCGCAAUUACAGAGUUACGCAGAAAUGCAUCAAAACAGGCGCACUGUAAAUACAACGUACACAGGGAAAUAUCCUGGCGAUACAAAAUACACGGAGCUCCACCGAGCUUCACUAUCCUGUACAAUAAACAAUCACACACAAAGACAAGGGGCAGAGGGAACACUUAUACAGGUACUGAUGAGGGGAUAUGAACUAGGUGUGUGUAAUAAACAAGACAAAACAAAUGAAAUGGAAUGAUGAGAUGCGGCGCGGCAGUGGCUAGAAGGCCGGUGACGACAAACGACGAAGCCUGCCCGAAGAAGGAGAGGUGGCAGCUUCGGAGGAAGUCGUGACCGGCGGAGAGAGUUCUGGGCAUAUUCGGCCCAUGGCAAGAACACCGACCACUCCCCUGGCCGGUCCUGGCAGUAGGACCGCAGGAACCUACCCACAUCCUGAUUCGCCCGUUCCACCUGCCCAUUAGACUCGGGGUGAAAACCAGAGGUCAGGCUGACCGAGACCCCCACACGUUCCAUGAACGCCUUCCAGACCCCGGAUAUGAAUUGGGGACCCCGGUCAGACACUAUGUCCUCUGGCACCCCGUAGUGCCGGAAGACAUGUGAAACAGGGCUUCCGCAGUCUGCAGGGCCGUGGGGAGACCAGGCAGAGGAAGGAGGCGGCAGGCUUCAGAAAAGCGGUCCACAACAACCAGGAUGGGCCUCUCCUCUGUGUCGUACAGCCGUGACAGUGCGUCUGCCUUCACAUUCUUCGUACCAGGGAUGUAAGACAGAGUAAAAUCAAACCGGGUGAAGAAUAGGGCCCACCUGGCCUGGCGAGGGUUCAGCCUCCUCGCUGCCCGGAUGUACUCCAGGUUACGGUGGUCCGUCCAGACGAGAAAAGGGUGUUUCGCCCCCUCGAGCCAGUGCCUCCAAACGGUCAGGGCUCGGACAACAGCCAACAGCUCCCGAUCACAAACAUCAUAGCUCUGCUCCGCCGGACUGAGCUUCUUGGAGAAGAAGGCACAGGGGCGGAGCUUGGGUGGCGUGCCCGAGCGUUGACCGUGGUUGAGUCGGCCAAUUACGCACGGCUGAAAUGCGAUCUCCCUCCAUCUCCACACCUGAGGUGGUAAUGCGGUAUCCGAGGAAGGAGACGGACUGUUGGAAAAACAGACACUUUUCUGCCUUGGCAUAAAGGUCAUGUUCCAACAGUCUGGCCAGCACUUUGCGAACCAGGGACACAUGCUCGGCGCAUGUAGCGGAAUACACCAGAAUGUCAUCGAUGUAGACCACUACACCGCGACCAAGCAUGUCCCGAAACACCUCGUUCACAAAGGACUGGAAGACGGAUGAAGCAUUUAUAAAACCGUAAGGCAUCACCAAGUAUUCGUAAUGCCCCGUGGUUGUGCUGAAUGCUGUCUUCCACUCUUCCCCCUCUUGGACACGCACCAGGUUGUACGCACUCCGGAGAGCUAAUUUUGUGAAGAAGCGCGCAUAAUGCAUUGACUCGAUCACAGAUGGAAUGAGGGGUAGAGGAUAACUAUAACGUAUUGUCCCCAUGUUCAGUGCUCAGGAAUCAAUGCAAGGGCGCAGACCUCCGUCUUUCUUCUUCACAAAAAAUAAACUUGAGGAGGCGGGCGAAGUGGAGGGACGUAUGAACCCCUGGCGCAGGGAUGGCUCCAUCGCCUCCGUUUCAGCCUGCGACAGGGGAUACACAUUACUCCUGGGAGGCACAGCGUUUACCCGGAGUUUGAUUGCGCAAUCCCCCGCCCGAUGAGGUAGUAAUUUGGUCGCCUGCGUUUUUGGAAAACGUGUGCGCCAAAUCUAGGUAUUUGGGGGGAAUGCGCACGGUAGAGGUAGUGUCUGGACUUUCCACCGUGGUUGCACCAACAGAAACCCCUAGACACCUACCCUGACACUCUCGUGACCACCCCGUGAGAACCCUCUGCGGCCAUGAAAAUGUGAGUGACACUGGUGCUGUCGUCCUCCGUUCUCCCGGAUCGCCUCUCUAUCCAGCUACAUGUCCUUGGGAUCCGGGUUUGGGGGGUGGGGGACACGAUCCAUCGCUUCUCCCAAGCUGGCUAGCAUCAUCGAAUGCUCCCAGAUACGUGCAACGACUCCAGUCAUGUGUUCCUCUCCUGCUGACUCCAUGUCCGGUAUGUGAUUGUGUGAUGAGGUGAUGUCGAAGGAGUCAGGCGCAAGAGGGUUAAUCACAGAAUAACAGGCUUAAUUCCGCAAUUACAGAGUUACGCAGAAAUGCGUCAAAACACUCUAGGGCGCAAAACAGGCACACUGGAAAUACACGGCACACAGGGAAAUAUCCCGGCGAUACAAAAUACACGGAGCUCCACCGAGCUUCACUAUCCUCCACAAUAAACUAUCUCACACACAAAGACAAGGGGGCAGAGGGAACACUUAUACAGGUACUGAUGAGGGGAUAUGAACCAGGUGUGUGUAAUAAACAAGACAAAACAAAUGGAAUGAUGAGAUGCGGAGCGGUGACGACGAACGCCGAAGCCUGCCCGAACAAGGAGAGGUGGCAGCUUCGGAGGAAGUCGUGUCACCGUCAAUGUUUCCGCAGUGCCACCAGGUUCAUACUUCUUGCUUGGAACAUGUAUUAACACAUUCUCCAAAAAUAAGGGUAUAAUUAGGCUGCAGUAUUGUUUUCUGGGGUGCAAAAAAGUCAAAGGUACACUUCACACGUACACAUAUGAACUCACAUUGUACAGUUCGGUAACUUGUAGGUAUAAUGGGACAUUUUACCACCCAAUAUUUUGAAUAUAAGGUGCGAUCAUCAUUGCGCUUUGAUAGGUGCGGGAAAUGUACUGGUGGGGUUCAUUAGCAUAUUUGGGGAUGUGGUCAAAUAUAUGUUUAUUCGUGCCAACCAUCAGUGGAAGUGUUGUAGCAGUUUAAGUGUUUAAUGAUUAUGCCAAUGCAAGUUGAGCACCUCUUCUGCAAACUGUGUAAGAGCAUGUGUCACUAACAAGCUGCACUGUAAUGAGGUUAUUGUGAAUUUUCCAGUAAUGUAACGGCAACUUGUUGUUAGAGAUUGCUGUGAAUUUGUAUUUUCUUAACUGGAAAACAUUUGUCAGUAAGUUAUUGUAAAAUUAGCAAUAACUUACAGGCAACUGGCUGCCACUAGCAAUACAUGCCAGUAAGGUACUCUGCCUUCACUGACUCUUCUGUUGACAACAUGCAACAUUACUUGAUAAUUGGCAGCAUAAUGUAGAAGCGGCAGCCUAUCAUAAUAUUGCAGGUGUGGCUUUCUGCUCCCAUGAGAAGGAAUGUCAUCCCAGUUAAUGUGAUCUGUUCUAUUCUGCUCACUGAGCUUGUACACUGUCAGUUCUCCAGCCUUGUUAAAGACUGACAUACACUAUAUGACCAAAAGUAUGUGGACACCUGCUUGUCGAACAUCUCAUUCCAGAAUCAUGAGCAUUAAUAUGGAGUUGGUCCCCCCUUUGCUGCCAUAACAACCUCCACCCUUCUGGGAAGGCUUUCCACUAGAUGUUGGAACAUUGCUGCAGGGACUUGCUUCCAUUCAGCCACAAGAGUUGGACGAUUCGGCCUGGCUCGCAGUCGGCGUUCCAAUUUAUCCCAAAGAUGUUCGAUGGGGUUGAGGUCAGGGCUCUGUGCAGGCUAGUCAAGUUCUUCCACACCGAUCUCGACAAACCAUUUCUGUAUGGACCUCACUUUUUGCACGGGGGCAUUGUCAUGCUGAAACAGGAAAUGGCCUUCCCCAAAUUGUUGCCACAAAUCGUCUAGAAUGUCAUUUUAUGCUGUAGCGUUAAGAUUUCCCUUCACUGGAACUAAGUGGCCAAGCCCGAACCAUGAAAAACAGCCCCAGACCAUUAUUCCUCCUCCACCAAACUUUACAGUUGGCACUAUGCAUUGGGGCAGGUACCAUUCUUCUGGCAUCCGCCAAACCCAGAUUAGUCCGUUGGACUGCCAGAUGGCAUUGCGCAUGGUGAUCACAGGCUUAUGUGCGACUGCUCGGCCAUGGAAACCCAUUUCAUGAAGCUCCCGACGAACAGUUCUUGUGCUGACGUUGCUUCCAGAGGCAGUUUGGAACUUGGUAGUAAGUGUUGCAACCGAGGACAGACACUUCAGGACUUGUCGGUCCCGUUCUUUGAGCUUGUGUGGCAUACCACUUCGCGUUUGAGCUGUUGUUUUUUCCUAGACGUUUCCACUUCACAAUAACAGCACUUACUGUUGACCGGGGCAGCUCUAGCAGGGCAGAAAUUUGAUGAACUGACUUGUUGGAAAUGUGGCAUCCUAUGAUGGUGCCACGUUGAAAAUCACUGAGCUCUUCAGUAAGGCCAUUCUACUGCCAAUGUUUGUCUAUGGAGAUAACAUGGCUGUGUGUUCGAUUUUAUACACCUCUCAGCAACGGGUGUGGCUGAAAUAGCCUAAUCCACUAAUUUGAAGGGGUGUCCACAUACUUUUGUAUAUAUAGUUUAUCACCCAACCCUACACCGCAGCUUUAUCUUUGUUACUGUGCAUGGCCCUAAUAUUGUGGCCUUUCUUAUUGCCUUCAAACACAGUGUUAUGUCUCUGUAUUUCAUUGGCCUGCUGUUUUUUAAUUUGCUUGAUACUAUCUUGAAGGGUCAGUUGUGCUGAAAGGAAGAGGUUGUAUGCCUGUGUUGUGAAAUACACUGUAUUCUGUUGCUGGAGAGAAAACAAUUAGCUUCCAACGCAACUGCAUUCUGACGAGACAUAGGGCUGAUACAGAGAUCCAGUUGCGAGAAAUUCCAUUGCCUGGUCCUUGACCAAAUAUAACUAAAGUGUUCGGUUUAACCAAACAAAGGCAUAUCCAUCUCACUCGGUAUCAAAUAAACAUCUGAAUCAAACUUUUGUCGCAAUCACGCCACAUUCCUGCUGUGUAGACAGUGGACUGCCAUUAGACCACACCAUUCGUGCAAGACUACCUACCACGCAAUCUACCACUGUCUACACAGCAGGAAUGUGGUGCGAUUGGGACAAAAGUUUGGAUCUCUGUAUCAGCCAAAUGUCCCGUAAAAUAGGGACCUUGUAGCAGUCGUAAGGACAAAGGUUUAGUAGGAGGCAUGCAGGUAGAUGUGGAUUUAUUUACACAGCACUGGUGUUCAAGAUGACGGUGAUAAAUGUACAGGUAGCCUAUAUACAAACUUCUGACUUUAAAAUGUCAGAAUUCAAAAAGAAAAAGCCUCUUAUCAGGCAAAACCUGUCUUAAUCAGUAAAGCACAGGUAGCUGGGUUCUACUUCACAGACUAAACUCGACUAAACUCAACUCCAUGGUUUACGAUGGAGUUGAGCUUUGACUAGCGUGGGCGGACUGGAGCUCCGACAUCACAUAAAAGGAAGAAGAAUGUUGUAAACAAUGUCGCAGAACAACGUCAGGGAACAAUGUAAUUGUGGGCUAUUCUUUGGGUGCUGAAAUCAGUAGUUUUUGAUAGAAACUUCAUUUUAUGUGACGUCGGCGCUCCAGUCAGCCCACACUAGUCGCUGCUCAACUCCAUCGUAAAUCGUGGAGUUGAGUUUGAUCGCCUAGGUUCUACUAGGCUGAGAUACAACCUCUCCAUUGAGUUACCAAAGUGAACUGAUGAAUAGGGCUGGGCGAUAUAUCACAUUAAUUUGAUUAAUUAAAAUGUACGUUUUACUGCAAUAUUCCAAAUGCCUGUAUUGCAAGAAUCCAGUUUUUUGUUUGUUUUGUUUUAUGAGUUUUUAUGUCAGCUUGACGUUGUCUUUUUGGUCUUGUCUCCUUUGUGCUCUGUGCUGUGUCAGAGAUGAUGGUAUAUAAUGUGUGCACCUUCCUACUUACACACACACACCAAAUCCCUCCCUCUGCCACUCAAAACAACAAAGAUGAAAAGAUCACUUCUUCCACUCUGACAACAAGCAGUUUCAAAUCGCCAUUUUUAUUUGAGGUUUGGUCCAACAGAAUCGGUCAUAUGGACACAGAAACACAUUCAGACAUUAUUUUACUGUAAUAGAAGAGAAUUUAACCAGACAUUCUAGAUUACUGUGUGAAUGGUGGGGAUUAAUGGAAACUUCACUGAUGAUUAUAUAUUUAACGGGGCAUUGGUAAACACUGACAAACAAAUGGAAAACAAUUCACACAAUUACACAAUGAAUGGGCAUGAUUUGGCGGGAGUCAGUGCGCAUUAGUGGAGAGAGACGUGCAUUGCACGUCUUCGCCACACAAAGACAUAUCCAUAAUCUCUAGGAACAAUAUUUACCUUCCGUUAGGUUAAAUGUGUCCCUCGCUAUCAAAUAAACGUCUGAAUCGAACCUUUGUCGCAAUCACACCACAUUCCUGCUUUGAAGACAGUGGGCUGCGAUAAUACCAUGCACUUCGUGCAAGACUACCUACCACGUAAUCUACCACUGUCUACACAGCAGGAAUGUGGUGCGAUUGGGAUACAAGUUUGGAUCUCUGUAUCAAGCCAAUGUCCCAUCAGAAUCCAGGUGUGGUCUAGGCUAGAAAGUAAUUUGCAUAACCACUCCAUCCUGUAGCCUACCCUGUAGACUAGAGAAUGCAAUAUGCAUAUUUUCUCACAUGAUGUUAGUAAAAACCGCUUGCAAGUCUUACCUGCCAGAAAAUAUCAGUUUGUUCUGUAUAUAGGGGGAUUUCUAUAAUGACUCACAGAACCAUUGGCAUGCUUCAGGAAAUCUUCCAGUGGGAUUAAGAACUUUUGAAGUGUUUAUCAUUAUUAACCCACAUUGAGAAAUCUGUGCCAUUCUCCAUGUGUACACUAAACUCCUGCAUUUUAUAUUGUUACUGGUAUCCUAGCAACACUGCUUUGGCACCAGCCAACCCACAGUACCGGUGACAGUGCUUGUAGUUUCGGUGCACCUAAGAUGCCAGUUUUUGUAAUCAUUAUGAUCUGUUUUCAGACUGUGAAUGGAAAAUGUAUUAGAUAUUGAAUUAAUCCAAUGACACAUGGCCAAUGGCUACGCAAGCAUCUUUCUCUGCUGGACGAAGCACCCCACUGGGCACAGACGUCAAUUCAACGUCUAUUCAACGUUGGUUCAACGUAAUUUCAUUGAAAUGAUGUGGAAACAAUGUUGAGUCAACUAGUGUGUGACCAGUGGGACAUCACUUUAAUUUGGUUGAUUCAUUCCAUCUCCCUGAUGAGUAUUUUCAGUCUGUAGUCUACUGUAUGUAACAUGCAUUGUGCAAUAGCCAUUCAUGUACUGCCAUUUUUAAUUAUCUCUCUCUCUCUCUCUCUCUCGCUCUCUCGCUCUCUCGCUCUCUCUCUCUCUCUCUCUCUCUCACUCUCUCUCUCUCUCUCUCUCUCUCUCUCUCUCUCUCUCUCUCUCUCUCUCUCUCUCUCUCUCUCUCUCUCUCUCUCUCUCUCUCUCUCUCUCUCUCUCUCUCUCUCUCUCGUUGUGCAGGUAUGAAUGCUGCUGUCCGGGCUGUGGUCCGCAUGGGUAUUUAUGUGGGAGCUAAAGUCUAUUUCAUACAUGAGGUGAGAUCAUAACAGACACUACUUGGGGGCUUGUACUGUUCUACCACUGACACUGAGACAAAUCAACACUGGCAAGCUCUGUGCUCAGGGGGCAAAGCCUUUCUUUCAACACAGCAGUAGGGCUCUGAUAAACAAAAUGUGUUGUGUUUAAUUUGAGGGUCAUGAAAAUAAGGUAAAGUAAGGUUAUUUAACAUUUUGCCAUGUCAUGGAGUCUGCCCUAAAUGUCACUCUAUUCCCUAUAUAGUGCACUACUUUUGACCAGGGCCCUUUAUAGGAAAUGGGAGCAGUUGGUAGUGGGAUAAGUUUCCCAUACAUAAGCAGCUUCUUAAAGGGAUAGUUCACCCAAAUUUCAAAAUUACACAUUGGUUCCUUACCCUGUAAGCAGUCUAUGGACAAGGUAGGACAGCAAUUCAUGCAUUGUUUUUUCCCCCCUGGCACUGUUUCCACAUGCUAACAUUUUAGCAUUUGUGGCACAAAUCCCAUUCAAGUUAUGGGACCGAUAUAAGCAUUUUUCAUGCAUCAUGUCUAAAUCAUCCAAAAGUAUCUACAAUUUAUUGUGAAGCUCAACAAAGUCACUUAGAUGAUUUGAACAUGAUGCGCGACAAAUGCUAAUAUUGGUCCCAUGACUUGAAUGGAAUUUCUGCCACAAAUGCUAAAACGAUACCAUGUGGAAAUAGUGCCAGGGAACUUUGCUUAAGUGUUGUCUAUUGUUAGAGACUCUAGUGCAGGGGUGUCAAACGUACGGCCCGCGGGCCGGAUCAGGCCCACAAACGGGUUUAAUCCGGCCCGCGAGAUGAUUUUGAAAAAAAAAAUGAAAAAAAAAAUAUUAUUAUAUAAAUUAUUUUUUUGUAAAGUAUAAAAAUGCGCUGCAAUUUUUCAAUAAAAUAAACUGCUGUUCAAAUUGCGUCCACUGGAUGGCGCAAUAGCAAUUGUGUUAAGCAAGCAAAUUGUUUAUACCGCGGCAGAGCAAGUAGGUCAAGCACGUGCAGCCAAUGAGCUACUUUGUUUUGCCCGCGAUAUUUAUUACGGCUUCUACUUUUAACAUUAUGUGCUUUGGCACCCUCAUUGCCCCAAUAUGUCUCUGUCAAAAAAGAGAAAAGUGGACGCAGAGUGCAGAGUGUUCCAAGAAAAAUGGUCAUCCUAUUUAUUCACGGAAUUGAAUGGGAAAGCUGUAUGUUUGGUGUGUUCAGAGCAUGUUGCAGUGCUGAAAGAAUAUAACCUUCGUCGCCACUAUGUGAGUCUUCAUGCCGACAAAUAUGACAACUUUCAAGGACAGCGGAGAUGAGAGAAGGUGAAUGAACUGUUGGCGGGUCUGAAGAAACAGCAGUCUGUGUUUACUCACAGCCGAGACAUCAGUGACGCUGCAGUGAAAGCUAGCUACCUCAUUGCUAAUGAAAUCGCAGUGGCUUCAAAACCAUUUAGUGAGGGUGAAUUUGUAAAAACAUGCAUGAUGAAGGCAGCGGAGAUUGUGUGCCCUGAAAAGCGGCAGGCUUUUGCAAAUAUCAGCCUGACAAGAAACACAGUUGCAGACAGAAUUUCCUAUCUUUCAGUGGAUUUGGACAGCCAGUUGAAGCAAAAAGUAAAGUCAUUUAUUGCGUUUUCGGUUGCAAUUGAUGAAAGCACGGACAUUACAGAUGUUGCACAACUGGCCAUUUUCAUCCGCGGAGUUGAUGACACAUUGACCGUCACCGAGGAGUUCGUGGAGUUGGUGCCGAUGACAGAUACAACGACAGCAGCUGAUAUUUUUACCGCACUCGUCGGCGCGCUGGACAGGGUCGGAGUGGACUGGUCCCGCACUGUCAGCCUGGCUACAGAUGGUGCGCCCUCAAUGAUCGGGAAAAAAGCAGGCGUUGUGACAAAGUUCAGAGAGAAAGUGCAAUCUGCAAAUGGAGGACGUGAUUUUUGGACUUUUCACUGUAUUUUGCACCAGGAGGCUUUGUGUUGCAAGUCAUUAAAGAUGGAUAACGUCAUGAAGGUGGUCAUCCAAACUGUUAAUUUCAUCCGAUCCAGAAGCCUGAAUCACCGUCAGUUUGACAGCUUUCUCAGAGAGAAAGACCACAUCUAUGGCCUGCCAUACCACACUGAGGUAAGAUGGUUAAGCCGAGGUGCUGUGCUGAGGCGUUUCUUUGAUUUACGAGAAGAAAUUGAACAGUUCAUGGAAGAAAAGGGCAAACCAGUGUUAGAAUUUCAUUCCGCAGAAUGGAUGCAGGACCUUGCAUUUAUGGUGGAUGUUACAGAGCACCUGAAUAACUUGAACAAACAGCUGCAAGGGCGCAACAAAGUUGUCACGCAGUAUUAUGACAGCAUACGUUCUUUCAAGUUGAAGCUGUCAUUGUGGGAGACGCAACUUGCCGGUGGUGAUGCAGCUCACUUCCCCUGUCUGAAAAAUGUGUGCGCGACCCAACAUGUGGCAGACAUGAAGCGGUUCAAAGAUAAAAUAACGGGACUGUUACGGGAGUUUGAGCAACGCUUUCAGAUUUAUGUUUAUGUUUUUAUGUUGAUGUGCUAUUGUUUUUAAUUGAUUUUAUUUUAUUUGUAUAUUUAACCUAUUCUUGACUCUGUGGUUCUUGCACUUGUUUGGGGAACAGGAUUUCAUUAUUUUUAUCUACAUUUCUGCCUGAGAAAUGACACCCUGAUAUAGUUCUGUGAUCUGUGAAACAGUUCUGUUAAUCACUGAGGCAUUGUGUGUUUGUGUGUUCUUUGUCCUCAGAACUUUCAAAUAACUUGAGGUGUUUUAUGAUUAAUAGUGAUGUUGUGCUUUUGGACACUGUCCUCAGGCUCCAGCUUUAUGUUUAUAUGUUUUUAUGUUGAUGUGCUAUUGUUUUUAAUUGAUUUUAUUUUAUUUGUAUAUUUAACCUAUUCUUGACUCUGUGGUUCUUGCACUUGUUUGGGGAACAGGAUUUCAUUAUUUUUAUCUACAUUUCUGCCUGAGAAAUGACACCCUGAUAUAGUUCUGUGAUCUGUGAAACAGUUCUGUUAAUCACUGAGGCAUUGUGUGUUUGUGUGUUCUUUUUCUUUAGAAUUUUCAAAUAAACUUGACGUGUUUUAUAAUUAAUAGUGAUGUUGUGCUUGUACUAUUUUGGACACACUGUCCUCAGGCUCCAGCUUUAUGUUGUAUGUUGAUCGUAUUAAAACAAAGAAAACAAUCUGAAGUUGUUGUUUUUAAGUUAUAUAUACCAUGAUUUUUCCGGUCCGGCCCACUUGGGAAUAGAUUUUCCUCCAUGUGGCCCCUGAGCUAAAAUUAGUUUGACACCCCUGCUCUAGUGUUUAAUGACUGAUGAAAGGCAUUCUGUUGAGGAGGCUCACAUCACACUCACUAGCUUCGUCCCAAAUGGCACCUUAUUCCCUAUAUAGUGCACUAUUUUUGACCAGUGCCCUAUAUAGUGCAAUACUUUUAACCAAGGCCCAUAGGGUAUCCUAUUUAGUGCAGUACUUCUGAUCUGGGCCCAUGGGGUUCUGGUCAAAAGUAGAGCACUAUAUAUGGGAAUAGGAAGCCAUUUGGGACGCAGACACUGAAAGUAAGAGGCUUACAGUACUUUAACGUGUUGUUAUCUAUCUGACUCAAUGGAGGACGGAGGAUACCUUGAGUUGUCUAUGUAGACCAGUAGUGACAGUAUCUACGAUAAUCUGUUGUCUACUUUUUCUACAGGCAGUAUUUAGCAUGACUUAGCAUCGUCAUCUCAAAAUGAAUGUCAAUAUCCCUGAUGUUAGCAAAGCUGCAUUGUAGAGUCAAUGACUGUUACUAUGUAACAACAUUGUAAUUGGUGAAAACGUUCAUAUUAAUAUUAGGAAAUAUAGGCCUAUGUUAAUGUUUCUUUUCUCCAUGCAGGGUUACCAGGGUAUGGUAGACGGUGGAGAUAACAUUGAAGAGGCAUCAUGGGAAAGUGUCUCCAGCAUGUUACAAGUGGUAAGGAGGGCAGUGAACUGACUACUGUGUGUAUUUGUGCCUUUAGGCAAAAUAAAUGGAUUUCUUUAGCAUUCCCAUAGGAUAUGUACAGUAUACAAUGCUAGGAAUAGGAGCUGAAAGUCAUAGCAAAGCACCCUUCAGCCAAUCAGCCUGUUACCAAACUUUAGUAAACUUUUGGAAAAAAUUGUGUUUGACCAGAUACAAUGCUAUUUCACAGUAAACACAUUAACAACAGACCUUCAGCACGUUUAUAGGGAAGGGCAUUCAACAUGUACGGCACCUACACAAAUGACUGAUGAUUGGCUGAGAAAAAUGUAUAAUAAGAAGAUUGUGGGAGCUGUUUUGUUAGAAUUCAGAGCAGCUUUUGACAUUAUCAAUCAUAAUCUGCUGCUGGAAAAAUGUAUGUGUUAUGGCUUUACACCCCCUGCUAUAUUGUGGAUUGAGAGUUACCUGUCUGACAGAACACAGAUGGUGUUCUUUAAUGGAAGCCUCUCCAACAUAAUCCAGGUAGAGUCAAGCAUUUCCCAGGGCAGCUGUCUAGGCCCCUUACCUUUUUAAAUCACUGGCACUGAGUCUAUGUGUGUCUAUGUAUGCUGAUGACUCAACACUGUACACGUCAGCUACCACAGCAAGUGAAAUCACUGCAACACUUAACAAAGAGCUGCAGUCAGUUUCAUAAUUGGUGGAAAGAAAUAAGCUGGUCCUAAAUAUAAAAAAACUAAAAGCAUUGGAUUUGGGACAAAUGAUUCACUAAACCCUAAACCUCAACUAAAUCUUGUAAUGAAUAAUGUGGAAAUUUAGCAAAUUGAGGAGACGAAGGCUGAACCGCUUGGUGUAACCCUGGAUUGUAAACUGCCAUGGUCAAAACAUAUUGAUGCAAUGGUAGCUAAGAUGGGGAGAGGUCAGUCCAUAAUAAAGCGCUGCUCUGCCUUCUUAACAAUGCUAUCAACAAAACAAGUACUACAGGCCCUAGUUUUGUUGCACCCGGACUACUGUCCAGUCAUAUAGUCAAGUGACACAAAGAGGGAUAUAGGCAAAUUACAGUAGGACCAGAACAGAGCAGCACAGCUGGCCCUUAGAUGUACACGGAGAGCCAGCAUUGAUAAUAUCCAUGUCAAUCUCUCCUGGCUCAGGGUGGAGGAGAGAUUGACUGCAUUACUUUGUGAGCGGUAUUGACAUGGUGAAAUCAUUGAGCUAUCUGUUUAAGCGACUCACACACAGCUCAGACAUGUUUUAUUGUAUGUAAUUGUGAUUGGACCCCAGGAAGAGUAGCUGCUGUCUUGGCAGCAGCUAAUGGGGAUCCAGAAUAAAGUACAAAUACAAAAUGGUAUAAAUCUUUUUGUGAUCCCAGACUUGUAAUUUACAAAUUGCAUGGGACAGACGAGCGCAGUUGCUUUUCUGCCUGAUGCUAACAGAGUGUAAUGUGCCCUGUCAUUGUGGAUUCUGCAUGAACCUGUUAGUUAAUGACAACAACAAAACACACCACACAACACAAAAAAAACUAUAUGAGAGGUUGAAUUAAUGAGACAUGUCAAUGAAUGCAGCAGUGCUCAAUUGUGUCAGAUUAUGUCAUCCAUUGGUUUGGUGUUCCAUCCAUCCAACCUUAAUCGGCCCAUUCAUCCAUCCAUCCAUCCAUCCAUCCACAUUUAUCAUCUAUCCUUCCAACAUUCAUUCAAUCAUCCAUCCAUCCAUCCAUCCCUCCAUCUAUCCUUCACCCAUCCAUCCAAUCUUUAUUCAUCUAUCUAUCCAACCUCUUUUCAUCUAUCCAUCAAUUAAAUUGUCAUCCAUCCAUCAAUCCGUCUUUCCAACUGUCAUUCAUCCAUUCAUUUGAAUUCUUAGCUGUUGUGUUUUCCUCUCAGGGUGGCACAGUCAUUGGCAGUGCCCGCUGCAAGGAGUUCCGCAGCCAUGAGGGGCGUCUAAAGGCUGCCCACCACCUGGUUCAGCGUGGCAUCACUAACCUGUGUGUGAUCGGAGGGGACGGUAGCCUCACGGGGGCCAACCUCUUCAGAGAGGAGUGGACCGGACUACUGGAGGAACUGGUCCAACAGAGUAACUGAAUGUUGUAGUCAAUGUAGUGGACCAAAUGUUCACAGUAAUCUACUUGAUCACUAAAUUAUAUAACUAAUUUCCUACGCAAAUUGCAAAACAUUUAUUUAUACGCAUGAUAUGUUUUAGUAAAACAUUUAUUACUAGGUAUUACCAAAGCCUGUAUAGAGCUAUUCCACCUAUGAGUGUACAUUACUCAGUAGUGAAGCCAGUGGGUUCAUAUUGCGGUGUCUUGUGUAUCCUGUUUAAAGGUCUGAUUGAGAAGGAGGCUGCCCAGAACAACUCAGAGCUGCACAUCGUGGGAAUGGUGGGCUCCAUCGACAACGACUUCUGUGGCACUGACAUGACCAUCGGGACAGACUCUGCCCUGCACAGAAUCAUAGAGGUGGUGGACGCCAUCAUGACUACUGCACAGAGGUACUGACAGAGACAGUAUAGUAUUCCCUGUAUAUAGCCUCGCUAUUGCUAUUUUUACUCUGCUCUUUAAUUAUUUGUUAUAUAUUAUUUUAUAUAGUAUAUUUCUGUGAUUUUUUUUUUUGAAAUUCUUUCUUAAAACGGCAUUGUUGGUUAAGGGCUCGUAAGUAAGCAUUUCACUGUAAGGUCUACACCUGUUGUAUUCGGCGCAUGUAACAAAUACAAUUUGAUUGGAUUUGAUUUGUUUUGUGUCCCAAAUGGCACCCUAUUCCCUAUAUAGUGCACUACUUAUUUGGGAAGCAUCCAUUGAAGUUAAUAAAUGGUACAUAUUACAACUCAGUGGUGUUGUUUGUACACACUCAACAUUUACACUAACUUCUCUCCUUUCUCUCAGCCACCAGAGGACGUUUGUGCUGGAGGUCAUGGGAAGGCAUUGUGGGUAUGGAAUGACAUUUCUUUGCUGCUCUAAUUUCCUGCUUUAUUCUUGUGUAUUUCCUUGCUGUAAUUGUUCAUAAUACAUACAAAUGGGUUUGUAUUUGCAUGUAGUUAUAUUUUAUUAUAUUCUAAUGUGUGUGUGUGUGUAUAUAUGUGUUUAGGUACCUGGCUCUAGUCAGUGCUCUGGCCUGUGGGGCAGACUGGGUCCUGAUCCCUGAGAUGCCCCCUGAGGACGGGUGGGAGGAACGGAUGUGUCAGAAACUGUCUGAGGUAACACACACACACACACACGUGACAUCUGACAUCUGCAGAUGUAACUAUAAAUACAUUUUAAUCAAUGCCUUACAAUGAAUGGGAUGUACUGCUUAGUGAUCACAAUUGUUGUCGUUUAUUGCAUUUCCUUCAACCAUAGCAAAAGCAACAGUGUUCAUUCCUGCAGUGUGUUUCUUAUUGCCCAGAACCGAUCCAGGGGUUCAAGGCUGAAUAUAAUCAUAGUUGCUGAAGGAGCCAUUGACAGACAAGGAAAGGCUAUUACUGUUGAUAAUGUCAAGGAUGUGAGUACCUGAAUAAGCAACGAAGGGGAAACCAAAAGCAGGUCCUACAGAUGCGCGAAUAGCUCCAUGCUUUACAGAUGAAAGGAAUCUGUAAAGUGAAAUAUAGAGAAAGAAGGCAUGCAGCUGUUUCAGCAUAAACCGGGUCCAGCUUUUGAAAAGCCAAAUGGAAAACCUUUCUGUCAUGUACUGUACAUCUGUGCUUUGUUUGUAUUCCUAUAGAACCGUGCAGAUAGGAAACGGCUCAAUAUCAUUAUUGUAGCUGAGGGGGCGAUAGAUUGCCACAACAAGCCUAUCACUACAAACCAUAUUAAGGAAGUAAGUACUAUGAGAAGACCAGCCCAGCCCAGCUGUCCUGUACUGGUGCAGUACUCCUCUGCAGACCUGAGUUCAAAUCCUAUUAAAAAUAUUUCAAAUACUUUGAAUGUUUGCUAGAGUAGCAGAUGAGUGGGCUUUGCAGUUUUGAGACUAUUUAAUUGGUACCAAGCGCCAGCCAAGCUCAAUCAAGCCCAACUUAAGUAUUUAAAAUUAUUUCAAAUCGUUUUUGACCCCAGGUCUGGUACAGUACUCCUUUGUGCCGUGGUACCUUCUGGUUGGACAUUGUCAUCUCUCCCUCUCUCUGUCCCAUUAACAACAUGCUGUCCAUGUUUUAACUCUGAAGUCUUUUCUUGGACCUUUCUUAGUGAUGUGAAGUUCUGUGAAUUAUACUCCUUCCUUUUUGUGCAUUGCAACCUUGUUCUUCGUCAGCAUACCUAAGAACCUGGUAAGCAUAGAAUUACAUAUAGAACUUAUAGGAUCUGAGUGCUGGUAAGAGUCUUAUACAGUACAUUUACCUGGGAGAACAGAAGAACAAGGUUUGAGUCCAAAGUGGCACCGUAUUCCCUAUAUAGUGCACUACUUUUGACCAGGGUUCAUUGGACUCUGGUUAAAAGUAGUGCACUAUAUACGGAAUAGGGUGCCAUUUGGGACACAAAAGGUGUAAGUGUUGGAGGCUCACUUACUGUGUACAUGACAGGAACUGUUUUGCAUGUGUGCUUGUGCUUUCCCCUUCUGUCUUUCUUCCUAAGAAAUAGCAUGCAUUUGUAUUCUCUUUCUGCCAUAGAUAGUGUAUCAUGUAACAUAACACAAAUAUCACGUUUUCAAAUAGACAAUUGUUAUGUCCCAAAUGGCACACUAUUCUUUAUAUAAUGCACUACAUUUGACCAGAGCUGUCUGGUCAAAAGUAGUGCAUAAUAUAGGGAAUAGGGUGCCAUUUGGGAUGUAACCAGUGUUAUUUAAGUACUCUCUUACUUUGAGAAAACUUACAUUGCUCAAUACCUGAUCUUCCUCUCCUACUAUAGCUGGUUGUUAGCAGUCUGGGCUUUGACACCCGAGUCACCAUCCUGGGUCACGUCCAGAGAGGAGGAACCCCCUCUGCCUUCGACAGGAUCCUAGUGAGUGUUACAUCCACAUACCAAUUUUACAUAAUUAAAAGGCCUUAUAGACUCAGGAUUGCUUCCCAAAUGGCAGCCUAUUCCCUACAUAGUGCGCUACUUUUCAGGUGGAGUCACAGCCGUUUGUGCUGCUGCUUGUCUAAUAGCUGAAAAAUAUCCCUGGUUUGCUUGUUUUGGUUAGUGACCAUGAGGCAGCCAAAGUUUCAGAGUGAUCAUCAUCAUUUGAAGAGCAUGCCAUUUCAUACUAUUAAGCAAUUUCUAACUUGAACUUGAAGUUACAGUAUUUUCCCAGUGUACCAAGUCACUAUUAAAAUACGGUGUAACCUUUGACCUCUGCCCUGUCUGUCCAGGCCAGUCGUAUGGGAGUGGAGGCCGUCCUGGCCCUGCUGGAGGCGUCAGACAGUACCCCGGCCUGUGUGGUGUCUCUGUGUGGGAACCAGGCUGUCCGUCUGCCCCUCAUGGAGUGUGUUCAGAUGGUAAGUGCUGUUGGCCUGCCACUUACACUGUGUGUUCAAUAUUGCUUUACUCAACAGUAAAUGAAGCACACAUUUGGAGUGAUAGCCUACCCUAUUUUAGUGGUGUGUUUUUAUGUUGUUCACCCCCAUUCACAAGAUGCAUCAAGUACUUCUACCUACAGUAUACAUUAUAGAUAUAUUAUGAAUAAAGACAAUUGGUAGGCUGUUGAUUAGAGACAAAUGACCAUUCGUAAUUAUUUUCUCAAUAGACACAAGACGUCCAGAAAGCCAUGGACGAGAAGAAUUUUGAGGAAGCCGUGAGACUGCGUGGCAGGUACAUUAUUUAUUUGGUAAAAUAAACAGAAAUCUCUGUAUUUGGAAGCUGUAUAUCUUUGUUUGUCCAUCGGUCUAGCAGGGCCAUUACAGCUUCAUUGAAUUGUGAUUGAUUUCCAACUGGCCUUUAUAAGAUUAUGUAACUCAGUAAGGAGGCUUCUGCACAAUGGUAGAGGGAUGAAUAACAGUAUGUUUCAUUAAUAUUUUGCAGGAGUUUCGAAAACAACCUGAACACCUACAAACUCCUCUCUUACCACAAAGCAGACUCUGAACUUCGAAAUGUAAGUAACCUCAGAUAACCCAAGAUAAAAUGAAUAUUGUACAUUCACAAAGGAACUGUGACAUUCAUAUUUAUUUCCUUCUAGCGUUUGUGUCAUUCCAGCAUUUCUCAGAUUUGCACGUUAGGAUCAGGUACUUCCUGUUGAGGUGCAUUGUGGGUCAUGCUGAGGUCUUUUUGUGACACUAACAGAGUGUUUGUUGAAUUGUUUCUGUCUUGAGGGGAUAGGAUGAGGAUGAGCCCCCAUAUAAUGUAUGUACUAUACUGUAGCCUACUAUGCUAUAACAGCUCUAGGUCAGGGCUAAGUGCUCCUAAGUGCCAACUAUUAGUUUGAAAUAUAUCUAUACCUUCAUCCUGAAUGCCAGUCUGUUUGUGCUAUCAUGCCAACUCUUUGGGUUUGGCUUGACAAUGACAGCAAUGGCCUUGGCAAGAGCACAAACAGAUCUGGGACCAGGCUCCUAUAAAAAAAAAAAGCCCUGUAGAAUCGAGCAACAAAUAGCUUUUAGAUCAGCAUUUUUUCUAACGACAUAUGUAUUUUAGCAGAAUAAUACCCCCAUAGGGCCAUGAUUAAACCAGACAUGACAGAUGUCUGUGUCUGUUGCUGUAGCCUAACCCUCACUGCUUAUUUCUUCAUGGUUCUGCUUAGUAGAAGCGAAGUCAAAUGUUUGGACACACCUACUCAUUCAAGGGUUUUUCUUAAUUUUUACUAUUUUUUACAUUGUAGAAUAAUAGUGAAGACAUCAAAACUAUGAAAUAACACAUAUGGAAUAAUUUAGUAACCAAAAAAAUGUGUUAAACAAAUCUAAAUAUAUUUUAUAUUUGAGAUUCUUCAAAUAGCCACCUUUUGCCUUGAUGACAGCUUUGCACACUCUUGGCAUUCUCUCAACCAGCUUCACCUGGAAUGCUUUUCCAACAGUCUUGAAGGAGUUCCCACAUAUGCUGAGCACUUGUUGGCUGCUUUUCCUUCACUCUGCCGUCCGACUCAUCCUAAACCAUCUCAAUUGGGUUGAGGUCGGGGGAUUCUGGAGGCCAGGUCAUCUGAUGCAGCACUCCAACACUCUCCUUCUUGGUAAAAUAGCCCUUACACAGCCUGGAGGUGUGUUGGGUCAUUGUCCUGUUGAAAAGCAAAUUAUAGUCCCACUAAGCCCAAACCAGAUGGGAUGGUGUAUCGCUGCAGAAUGCUGUGGUAGCCAUGCUGGUUAAGUGUACCUUGAAUUCUAAAUAAAUCACAGACAGUGUCACCAGCAAAGCACCCCCACACCAUAACACCUCCUCCUCCAUGCUUUACGGUGGGAACUACACUUGCGGAGAUCAUCCGUUCACCCACACCAAAAAUCUCAAAUUUCGACUCAUCAGACCAAAGGACACAUUUCCACCAGUCUAAUGUCCAUUGCUCGUGUUUCUUAUCCCAAGCAGGUCUCUUCUUAUUAUUGGUGUCCUUUAGUAUUUAGUAGUGGUUUCUUUGCAGCAAUUCGACCAUGAAGGCCUGAUUCACACAGUCCCCUCUGAACAGUUGAUGUUGAGAUGUGUCUGUUACUUGAACUCUGUGAAGCAUUAAUUUGGGCUGCAAUUUCUGAGGCUGGUAACUCUAAUGAACUUAUCCUCUGCAGCAGUGGUAACUCUGGGUCUUCCAUUCCUGUGCCGGUCCUCAUGAGAGCCAGUUUCAUCAUAGCACUUGAUGGUUUUUGCGACUGCACUUGAAGAAACUUUCAAAGUUCUUGAAAUAUUCCGUAUUGACUGACCUUCAUGUCUUAAAGUAAUGAUGGACUGUCGUUUCUCUUCGCUUAUUUGAGCUGUUCUUGACAUAAUAUGGACUUGGUCUUUUACCAAAUAGAGCUAUCUUCUGUAUACCCCCCCUACCUUGUCACACCACAACUGAUUGGCUCAAACACAUUAAGAAGGAAAUAAAUUCCACAAAUUAACUUUUAAGAAGGCACACCUGUUAAUUGAAAUGCAUUCCAGGUGACUACCUCCUGAAGCUGGUUGAGAGAAUGCCAAGAGUGUGCAAAGCUGUCAUCAAGGUAAAGGGUGGCUAUUUGAAGAAUCUCAAAUAUAAAAUAUAUUUUGAUUUGUUUAACACUUUUUUGGUUACUACAUGAUUCCAUAUGUGUUAUUUCAUAGUUUAUGUCUACACUAUUAUUCCACAAUGUAAUUUUUUGUUGUUGUUGAUAUAUUUCUUACAGUAUCUAUUGUGUUCAUUUUUUUAUUUGAUUGCAAUAAACUUUAUUUACAGACAUAAAAAAAUAAAAAACACAUAUAGGAGCAAAUCAGCCUGAAUAUCAGGACGCACAACUGCAACUGUUCGACUACUCAUUUAUAUGCACAUUGCAAUUGAAACUGUUCUUUGGAGAUUGCAACUCCUCUGUCCCCACGAAAAGUGUGUUUAGGGCUCCAUGUACGUUCAUUCCACCUGGGCCUAUUGACCCAGCUGUGGAUACAUACUAUAGACUGGUGAGUAAAGACAUAUCCAAGUGUCACGAUCGUCUGAAGAAGCGGACCAAUACGCAGCGCGUGGAGUGAACAUGAUGACUUUAUUAAAAUAAAAGCAACCACGAAAACAACAAACAAAUGACGAUAGUGAAGUCCUACAGUGACUAUGACUGAACCUGGAACAAAAACCCCCAAAACCAAGGAGACACCACACAGUAUAAAUAUGGCUCCCAAUCAGAGAUAACGAGCCGACAGCUGACACUCGUUACCUCCGAUUGGGAGUCAUAUGACUAAACAAGCACAAUCACCCAACAUAGAAAUCAACAACCUAGACACCCCAACAUAGAAAUACACCCAAACAAAUGAAAAUGAACAACCCUGGCUCAAAUAUCAAAGUCCAUGGAGCCAGAGUGUCACAGUACCCCCCCCUAAAGGUGCGAACUCCGGGCGCACCAACAUAAGGACUAGGGGAGGGUCUGGGUGGGCGUCUGUCCACGGUGGCGGCUCUGGCCCCGGUCGUGAUCCCCACCCCACCACAGUCACAACCUGCUUCAGUAGCCUCCUCCCAAUGACCACCCUCCAACUAACCCCACCUGGACUAAGGGGCAACACCGGACUAAGGGGCAGCACCGGACUAAGGGGCAGCACCGGGAUAAGGGGCAGCACCGGGAUAAGGGGCAGCACCGGGCUAAUGGGCAGCACCGGACUAAGGGGCAGCACCGGGCUAAGGGACAGUACCUGACUAAGGGGCAGCACCGGACUGAAUGGCGGAUCCUGGCUGGCUGGCUCUGGCGGAUCCUGGCUGGACGGCUCAUGGCUGGCUGACGGAUCUGGCUGCUCAUGGCUGGCUGACGGAUCUGGCUGCUCAUGGCUGGCUGACGGAUCUGGCUGUUCAUGGCUGGCUGACGGAUCUGGCUGCUCAUGGCUGGCGGAAGGCUCUGGCUGAUCCUGUCUGGCGGACGGCUCUGGCUGAUCCUGUCUGGCGGAAGGCUCUGGCUGAUCCUGUCUGGCGGAAGGCUCUGGCUGAUCCUGUCUGGCGGAAGGCUCUGGCUGAUCCUGUCUGGCGGAAGGCUCUGGCUGAUCCUGUCUGGCGGAAGGCUCUGGCUGCUCCUGUCUGGCGGAGAGCUCUACCGGCUCCGGUCUGGCGGACGGCUCUGAAGGCUCAUGGCAGACGGGCGGCUUUGCAGGCUCAGUACAGACGGGCAGUUCCUGCGGCGCUUGGCAGACGGACAGUUCAGACGGCGUUGGGCAGACGGGCAGUUCAGACGGCGUUGGGCAGACGGACAGUUCAGGCCCCGUUGGGCAGACGGGCAGUUCAGACGGCGUUGGGCAGACGGACAGUUCAGGCCCUGUUGGGCAGACGGCAGACUCUGGCUGUCUGAGGCGCAUCGUAGGCCUGGUGCGUGGUGCCGGAACAGGAGGUACCGGGCUGAGGACACGCAUCUCAGGGCUAGUGCGGGGAGAAGCAACAGGGCAUGCUGGACCCUGGGGACGCACCGUAGGCCUGAUGCGUGGUGCCGGAACUGGAGGUACCGGGCUGAGGACACGCAUCUCAGGGCUAGUGCGGGGAGAAGCAACAGGGCAUGCUGGACCCUGGGGACGCACCGUAGGCCUGAUGCGUGGUGCCGGAACUGGAGGUACCGGGCUGAGGACACGCAUCUCAGGGCUAGUGCGGGGAGAAGCAACAGGGCAUGCUGGACCCUGGGGACGCACCGUAGGCCUGAUGCGUGGUGCCGGAACUGGAGGUACCGGGCUGAGGACACGCAUCUCAGGGCUAGUGCGGGAAGCAGGAACAGGACGCACAGGACUCGGGGAACACACAGGAGGCUUAGUGCGUGGUGUAGGCACUGGUGGUACUGGACUGGAGACAGGAGGUGGUGCCGGAAAUACCGGACCGUGCAGGCGUACUGGCUCCCUUGAGCACUGAGCCUGACCAACCUUACCUGGUUGUAUGCUCCCCGUCGCCUGACCAGUACAGGGAGGUGGAAUAACCCGCACCGGGCUAUGUAAGCGAACCGGGGACACCAUGCGUAAGGCUGGUGCCAUGUAAGCCGGCCCGAGGAGACGCACUGGUGACCGGAUGCGUGGGGCCGGCCUCAUGACAUCUGGCUCAAUGCUCAGUCUAGCCCGGCCGAUACGUGGAGCCGGAAUGUACCGAACCGGGCUAUGCCUGCGUACAGGAGACACCAUGCGCUCUACUGCGUAACACGGUGUCUGCCCGUACUCUCGCUCUCCACGGUCCGUCCAGGGAGUAGGCGCAGGUCUCCUACCUGACUUCGCCACACUCCCUUCUAGCCCCCCCCCAAUAAAUUUUUGGGUAGUACUCUCGGGCUUCCAGCCUUGCCUCCGUGCUGCCUCCUCAUAUCGCCGCCUCUCGGCUUUAGCUGCCUCCCGCUCUUCACGAGGACGGCGAUAUUCUCCCGGUUGAUCCCAAGGCCCCUCACCAUCCAGAAUCUCCUCCCAUGUCCAUGAAUCCUUUAUGGGAGUCCAUAAAUCCUGUGUAGGUAGGUCCUGUUGCCGCUUGACACGCUGCUUGGUCUUUUUGUGGUGGGUUUUUCUGUCUCGAUCGUCUGAAGAAGCGGACCAAUACGCAGCGCGUGGAGUGAACAUGAUGACUUUAUUAAAAUAAAAGCAACCACGAAAACAACAAACAAAUGACGAUAGUGAAGUCCUACAGUGACUAUGACUGAACCUGGAACAAAAACCCCCAAAACCAAGGAGACACCACACAGUAUAAAUAUGGCUCCCAAUCAGAGAUAACGAGCCGACAGCUGACACUCGUUACCUCCGAUUGGGAGUCAUAUGACUAAACAAGCACAAUCACCCAACAUAGAAAUCAACAACCUAGACACCCCAACAUAGAAAUACACCCAAACAAAUGAAAAUGAACAACCCUGGCUCAAAUAUCAAAGUCCAUGGAGCCAGAGUGUCACACCAAGCUAGAGGCCUCUAUCCCCGAUGUCAGGAAUAACUUUAACCACUCUGAGAAACAAGUCCCUACAUCUCCAGAAUGACGCCUUUAUAGUAAUCCGCCCUGCGCUGUCUAUAAAAACUGAAGUACUCAAGCAACUGAAUGAUCAGAUCUUCUAUAAGAGACACACUACAAACCCCACAAAACAGCUUUUGGCUGUAAUCAAACAUACAUGGCUGUAACAGAAGGCAUGUUCAAUGGGGAUAUCACCAAAAGAGAACACAGAUUAUUGGUGCGUAAAAAAAACAGCUCUACUGUUUCAUUAUCUAAAUCCCCAAAGGGACAGGACGAAUCUUCUUUGCGAUAUCAGACCAGGUUUGGCAGAAGGCAUGAUAAAUAUGCUCCUAUGUAUUGUGACACUUUUGUUUACCAAGGACCCCACAAUUAGACAUUAGUUAAACCUCUUUCCGCUAAUAAAAAUGACUCCACACAACAUUAUUGUCCAAAUAGUCUGUGCACCCUCAGAAAUGUUUUGCCCAGUAGGUGGCUUUUUACUCCUGGUAGCUUGGAAGUGUUUUAAAUAACCUAAUCGGUCUGCGUCAGUAAGGUUUAUUAUUAUUAUUAUUAUUAUUGUUACUGCUACUACUGCAUGAGGCUAUAAAACUGCCACAGCAAGUUGAUCCCUGCAAUGCAAGGAUUUAUUUUGCACCUGUCUGCUAAAUCCAUCCAUUAUACACGGUUCUCCCUCUCAAGUGCUCAUUCUCAAGGAUGCUUUCAAAUCAAUAUUUUUGGCUUUGCCUUAUCAAAUUAAUAGGUUGUUGUCAUCGGUGAUAUUGAAAAUCAGAUAGCUUCCUUAUGUUUCAGUAAACCAUUAGCCAACAUUCAAAGAUUAAACUAAGUGUCAUCAUGAAAGUUUAGUAUCUCUUCAUUUUAUUUUGUGAUUAAAUGUAUGUAUUUUUUCCUGUUAUUGUGAACUGUAGGUUAUAGCAAGUUAAACCUUUCAAAUGAAGGCCUAUCACAAACCAAUUUUUGUAGGCGAUUCUGGGAGGCUAAUAAAAGCAUGUUGUUCAUAAACCAGCCUGUUAUCUCUGAAGUUCAUUCAUUUAUCGUACUUUAACUGUACAUUUAGGCUACUGUUAAAGUGCUCACAUAGGCUACUUCUCUGCCAGAGCGCGAGAUAACUAGUCCUACCGGUAAGUGUGGUCAAAGCAAUUCUGUUAUGAUAUCACGUUACCUCCUGACGCCGAUUAUAUUGAUUGAAAACCGUUGUUUACCUCUUGUGUCACACACAUUUAAUUCAACAUUUCAAUUUAGCUCACAAUCAAGGACGGCUGUGUAUUCCCUCCAGCAGUGGUGAAGUGUAGGCCUAUGACUAUGUAGCCUUGUGACAAUGUCCUACUGGACUCUGUGCCGGUCCCUACUAACCUUUUACUGCAGUGGGCUAAAUCAGGGUCACACUGAGUGCUUCUUGGUUUCCUAAAAAAAUCGAACAAGUAAAAGUAUACACCUCACACACAUGGUUAUGGGCUUAAAAAAAGAAAACACCUGUACCCUGUCAGAUAUAGAGUUGAAAUGUAUUCCAUUUUGAGUUUGAAUCCCAAUAUUACACUUUAUAUACUGUACAUUAGAAAAGACAGACAUAGAAACACCAGAUUUUAGGCGAGUUAAAAUAAAUAUUGUUAAUUAAUUAUGAAAUUCUGAAAAUAUUAAUAACAUUCCACCCAUGAGACCACUAGAGGGCGCUUUUGGUCAUUCGACUUCAGGAAAUAUAUGUAAUAGACUUUUUAGAAAUAGCAUCCACACACGGCGGUGGCUUCGUCUCAAUAUAUUUUUAAGUUUUAAGCUUUUCAAAUAUAUUCCAUUCUCCUUUCUCUUGUUAAUAUUAUGGCUAUAUCCCCACUAAUAUUCCUUUAUGUAAUUAAGCUUUGACAUGUGUAUUUCUCUGUCUUUAUAAUAACAAUAAUAAUCUUCAAUUUGUAGAACACAUUUCCCACGCUCACAUGUGAACCUUGUUGGUGCUUGCUUCUGUGCGCAAAUCAUUUGACCGUUGCAGUUUGAAAUGAUUUAUUCCCUUUUAUUUAUGAAAAGAAGCUGAUACUGUCAUUUAUUAUUUAUGGUUUAUUUAUGAUAUUUUAGCUUAAUUAAAUUGAUUUAUAUUAUGGUGUUUCUAUUCCAAGAAAAACGAAAAUACCUUUUACAGUAGCCUAUGUAUUGCAUACCUAAAACAUCUGUUCAUACAUUUGAAGUCCUGCAAAAUAGAAACUACAUAUCCUAAUGUUAGAAAGUAGAAUAUAAACUAGAUAUAGGCUACUGUGGGUGGGGUCACAGUAAUUAAAAGAAUAGUGAUAAAGAAUAGUGAUAAAAGAAACGAAAAAUGAUAGGCAGAGCUUGUGGCCGAGCAGGACCAUUUUUUUAUCUGCUUGAAUUACGCUCUGCUCCUCGCUCCACACUCAACCACUUACAUGCUCUGGCAUUAAACAGCAGCCCUGCUUUAGGCUAUCAAAGAACUGUCAAUGAAUAAUAAUAAUAUCAAUGGAUGGAAUCAGUGAAUGAAUGGCUGCAGCAACCAUUACACAGUCUGACAAGCUGCAUAACAAAUUAGGCCUAAUUAGACAAAAUAAUAAUUUAGUCAUUCAAAUGAGGUAAAUCGUUCAACCAACUUAGUAUCUCGUUUGAACGACUUAGUAUCUCGUUUGAAUGACUUAGUAAAAAAAACACAGCUAAGUCGUUCAAACUAGAUACAAAGCCGUUCAGGGCUUCCGUAUAAUGUAGUAGUUACUGUGUUCAUUAACUUGUUGAAUGUAAGUGAUUACCACGCCUAUGAGGUCACUCAUUAUAUGUGGGGUCUAUCUGUCCAUGAUCUUACUGUGAUCAUGUGAUUGACAGCUAAAGGAUUUUCCUAAGCUCAGUGCCAGUGGUCUAUGUGAAUGAAGUACAACAACAGCCUAUAAAGAUGCAGCAUCUUGGAGCCAUAGCAUGAGGCCUUGCUAGAGAUUAUCAAUGUGUGCUGCUCCAUUCUCCAUAGAGACAACAGCUUUGCCAAGCCUUUACAGCAUUUCUCCUCAACAUCAAGCACUAUGUGCUCCUAUAUUGUAUACAGAGGGAUUUGCUGUUGAUAUGUGUGUCAAUGGCUUGGAGGCCAUUUAUAUUUCAAUAAUUGAAAAAGUGAAUUUUAUCUUCAAUGAGUGUUUUGACAUUAACUGAAUUGAAACAGAAUUGACGCCAUUCUUGCUGUCUAUAAGUGUGUUUGUCUGUGCAUGUGCGCGUGUGUGUGUAUUUCUAAAUGUCUGUGUGACGGCUGUGCUGUGCUGUUGAUCCUCAGAGCUCCUUCAACGUGGCUGUGUUGAACGUGGGCGCCCCCGCCGCGGGCAUGAACGCAGCUGUCCGCUCGGCGGUCAGGGUGGGCAUCACCGAGGGGCACAAGAUGUUUGCCGUUAAUGACGGCUUCGAGGGAUUCUACAAGGGACAGGUACUGGGGGGUUAAGACAUAAAUCUGUUUUGUUUACCUUGUUGCCAUUUCAUUCUUGCCCAAUGAGGAUUAUUGGCCCUUAUCACGGCCCUAUGACGCCUACUUCCUGUUAUUGUUAGUAGCGUCUCACUGCCACAUGAUCAACAGGUCAACGUGAUAAGACACUAAACACAUUUUGACCAUAUUUGUCACCUAGUAUUGUUUACACCAUAUCUUGAAAAUCAUUAGCAAAACCAGAAUACUUCCACAUAUUUGGUCAAAAGAUAUCAGACUGUUCGCUGUGAUGAAAACAUGACAGCGAAAACAGGUAAGCUAAAAGUUAUAGUGACCUUGUUGACUGGCUCUGCAGAGUAGAACAGUAGCUGGCUACUGUAAUACACUUUUCAAACCAAGACGUUUUGCCGCGAACUUUAGCAUGCCGCCAACUUUUUGCCGGUACUUUUAUUUCCGCCGACCGACCUAGUCAUGAUUGCGGUAUUAUGUUUAAAAGUCCCGCCAACCCCUCUGUAUAAAUGUCCCCUUUCAUCUUACCGGCUUUGGCACGCAUUAUAUCAUGAACAUUCUAUUGUUGUUCUCCGACAUAAAAGUAUCAACACAAAAACGACUGUCUGCAUUACAUCGCAGCAGCCUGGUCCAAAUAGCAACGUUACCUGCUCUAUUUUUUUGCACCAAAAAACCCAUCCGUUUUAAACGUUUAUUUAGGAUAUGUAGCUAUUAAAUCUAGCAAGCCAGGCAACUCAAAGCAAACUUUCUAGACAAUGUUUUGGUUUGUUGCUAACCUUAGCUUGUUAGCUAGCUAUCUAGCUGGCUAGCCGGCUCAUAUAAUUACCAGAACAUAUCUGACAAUGUUUUGAGUUUAACUGUAGCCAACUCUUUAUUCACCAUAACAGGAAAAUUAACACAUUACAAGGAAAUUAUUUAAAAAUUAUUUACAAGUAUGGCGAGCUGCUGACUUACUGUUGUAAAAGUGAAGAAAUAUAACAAUUUGCUGCUGUCACUCAUGUUACCAUGCCAACUGUUGCAACAACAGGGUCAAGGAGCUAGGGUCAAAGUUAAAUAUCUCUUGCUACUGGCCUGCUAAAGCAAUGGCGAUAUAAAAGGUGAAUGCUGACAAGAAAGAGGUAGAAAUAGGGCUGUUUGAAAUGGGAUCAUAUAAACAUUGCCCAAUUGUUUUUACAGACAACAUACCGUGAAAGCAGUAUAAGUCACCUUUACCCAUGUGCCAAUGACGCUGGCACUGACGGUGUUUUACAGAUAAGACUUGUGUGGGGAGAUAAACAGCUUACAGUAAGCCAUUUACUCUCACCCCCACCCCUCCCUUAUGCAGGCCACUCUUACCCCCUCUCCCUAAAUAGGCCUCUCUCUCACCCUCACUCUAAUCCCCAGUUCCCAGGCCUCUCUCCCAGUUCCCAGGCCUCACACCCCCCCUCUCUUAGCCUCACCCCCUCUCCCUUUCUCUGUCACUCUCUCACCCAAGCCUCUCGCCCUCACCCAGGCCUCACAACACUGCCUGGGCCAGUCUUUGUUUCGAAGCCCUGGGCACUCAACUGGACGAAAGCAUGAAGGCAGGGAUAAGUGAUUGAAAAGCAUUGGCUGCUCAUCCAGACAUUGUCUAAUGCUAAUGUACCUUGGCCAACACUGGUGGAUGAGUGAGAUGUGGGUAAAGUGCUGUUGGUAGAUUAUAGCCUGUGUGCUACAGUACAGACAAGCCGUGAGCUCAGUGUUCAACACCAUAGUGCCCUCAAACCCCUCAAAGCUCAUCACUAAUUUAAGGACCCUGGGACUAAACACCUCCCUCUGCAACUGGAUCCUGGACUUCCUAACGGGCCGCCCCCAAGUGGUAAGGGUAGGCAACACGGGGGCCCCUCAGGGGUGUUUGCUUAGUCCCCUCCUGUACUCCCUGUUCACCCCCGAUGUGUGGCCACGCACGAGUCCAACACCCUCGUUAAGUUUGCAGACGACACAACAGUGGUAGGCCUGAUCGCCGACAAUGAUGAGACAGGCUAUAGGGAGGAGGUCAGAGACCUGGCAGUGUGGUGCCAGGACAACAACCUCUCCCUCAAUGUGAGCAAGACAAAGGAGCUGAUCGUGGACUACAGGAAAAGAAGGGGCGAACACGCCCCCAUUCACAUCAAUGUGGGCUGUAGUGGAGUGGGUCGAGAGCUUCAAGUUCCUUUGUGUCCACAUCACUAACAAACUAUCAUGUUCCAAACACACCAAGACAGUCGUGAAGAGGGCACGACAACGCCUAUUCCCCCUCAGGAGACUGAAAAGAUUUGGCAUGGGUCCCCAGAUCCUCAAAAAGUUAUACAGCUGCACCAUCGAGAGCAUCCUGACUGGUUGCAUCACCGCUUGGUAUGGCAACUGCUCGGCAUCCGACCACAAGGCACUACAGAGGGUAGUGUGUACGGCCCAGUACAUUGCUGGGGCCAAGCUUCCUGCCAUCCAGGACCUUUAUACCAGGCGGUGUCAGAGGAAGGCCCCUAAAAGACUCCAGCCACGCAAGUCAUAGACUGUUCUCUCUGCUACCGCACGGCAAGCGGUACCGGAGCGCCAAGUCUAGGUCCAAAAGGCUCCUUUAAAGCUUCUACCCCCAAGCCAUUAGACUGCUGAACAGUUAAGUAAAUGGCUACCCGGACUAUUUGCAUUGACCCCCUUUUUUACGCUGCUGCUACUCACUGUUUAUUAUCUAUGCAUAGUCACUUUACCCAUACCUACAUGUACAUAUUACCUCAAUUAUCUCGACUAACCUGUACCCCCGCACAUUGACUCGGUACCGGUACUCCCUGUAUAUAGCCUCGUUAUUUUAUUGUGCUACUUUUUAAAACUUUCGUUUAUUAUUAUUAUUAUAAUUUUAUUUUUUUGCAAAUAUUUUCUUACUUACUUUAAAAACAACUCUGCAUUGUUGGUUAAGGGCUUGUAAGUAAGCAUUUCACGGUAAGGUCUACACCUGUUGUAUUCGGUGCAUGUGACAAAUACAAAUUUGAUUUGAUUCUGUCAUACAAAGCAGGAUAAAUGUUAUAGGCCUAUAUCAUUGAUUGCAAAUCUGAUGUGCUGUGAUUGCUUUUUAGAAUGUUAUUCAUUCAUUUAGCAUAAAUGUAUUGAUGAUGUUAGCAUUUAGCAGAGCUUUAUGGAGACUACUCUUUAUGGAGAACACAUUAGAAACCUCAAUCUCAAACACAGUUUUGUUGUUUUUGUCUUCACACAGAUAAAGGAGAUUAAAUGGGGAGAUGUAGCAGGUUGGACCGGCCAAGGGGGGUCCAUACUGGGAACAAAGAGGUAAGCUAAUGUUCCCUAUAUAGUGCACCACUUUUGAACAGGGCCCAUAGGGUGCCUUUUGGGACUGUGAUGAGGUGUGAAUGAAGGAGUCAGGCGCAGGUGGUAAAAUACCGAAGUCCAGAGUUUAUUCCGUUUACAUAAAUCAAACGCCCCAAGCGUCAAACGAAACUAUUACAAGGGAAAACAUCCACCUUGGCAUAAACACAGUGAAUAGUAGCUCCACUGAGCUACACGCUCUCACAACAAACAAUCACUCACAAAGACAAGGGGAACAGAGGGAACACUUAUACACAUACUAAUUAGGGGAAUGAGCACCAGGUGUGUGUGAUUGACAAGACAUGACAAGUGGAGUGAUGAGAAUGGGAUCGGCAGUAGCUAGUACUCCGGUGACGCCGAACGCCGAAGCCUGCCCGAACCAGGAGGGGGGGCAGCCUCGGCAGAAGUCGUGACAGGGACGCACACCAAGUGUUUCAAAACUUGAAAAAAAUCUACAUUGACUUACUGUAGUGUGUAGAUGAUUAUUGGAUUUUCAUUUCUGAUUUCAGAACCCUUCCAGCGAAGCAUCUUGAUAAGAUUGCUGAACAAAUCAGGAUACAUAACAUCAAUGCUUUGCUUGUUAUCGGUGGAUUUGAGGUAUGUACAGUUGUGCUACUAUAUUUACAAUAUUAUUACUGUGUGGUGCUUCCUGUCUGUGUUACACUGUCCGUUGUGAUAGGCCUGGCUCCAUCACCCUGGCUCCGCCCACCUUGUCUCAUCUUUACUCAUGGUUGUGUCCCAAAUGGCACCCUUUUCCCUAUACAGUGCACUACUUUUGACCAGGGCCCAGGGCCAUUUUGGGAAAACGCAUUAACUCUUUGCUCUAAGGCUCUGGCUCUGCCCUGUACUGCAGGCCUUCCUGGGAGUCAUGGGACUGUCUGCUGCCCGGGAUAAAUUAAUUAUGUGUUCCCAUGGUUAUGGUCCAUGCCACGGUCUCUAACAAUAUACCGGGCUCUGACCUCAGCAUUGGCGCAGACACAGCUUUAAAUGCUAUUACUGAUGUAAGUGUGGCUGGGGGUCAGAGGUCGCGAGGUCAGAUGUGUUUAGAACACCUACCAGCCAAUCAGAAUAAAGGACUUCACUGAUUGCAGCUUGGGGCGUGGCGUGUACCAGUAUCACAACAGGCUGAACAUAACUGAGCGCAACCCAAAGGCACCAUACUGAUUUGUGUUGACCGAGGUAUGCAUGUGCUACUAUAUUGUCUGAAGGAAAAUAGUUAGGUAGAGUUUAAAAAGCCUUAGAAGGGAAAUAAUAAAGUAGAAACAGGAAGCAGUUACAAAACAGUGUUUUCAUUGAAGCUCAACCCAUGCAGAGAGGUACAGUAGUAUUUGAUUAGGGGCCGGUUUCCCGGACACAGUUUAAACCUUGUCGUAGACUAAAAAGCACUUUCAAUGGAGAUGUUUUUUUGUCCAGAACUAGGCUUAAUCUGUGUCUGGGAAACUGGCCCUAUAAGGCUAGGUCUUUCAGUCUGAAGCCUCUGGUGUCUGUUGUUGUUGCUGGUAAAUAUCAUAGUGGAGCUCUCAGUCAGAUCCCAGGUAAGUGAUAGAUACUGGCAUGAAGUGACGUCAGUGGCAUGUUUUUGACCCUGCGGCUAGCGUUGUUCUGCCUGCAGUUGCACCUUUCUAUGCGUGUUUACUAAACACAAUGAGUUGACUGGUCCCUGGUCUGGUUUAGCACAACACUCCUAUCCUGCUAUCUCUACAACACUCCUAUCCUGCUAUCUCUACAACACUCCUAUCCUGCUAUCUCUACAACACUCCUAUCCUGCUAUACAAAUGUCUAUAAGCCAGUUGGAUGAGGUGGAGGUUUUUAAGGGAAGGGUAUUAAUGAAGUAGAAGUAGUAGUAGUGCUAACAUUUAGAUGGUGUCUUCUCUAACCAAUCAUUUUACUUUCACAAAAUAUGUUAUUUUAGUUCCAUCAUCAACCAAAACUAGAUUCUCACUAAGCAUCUGAAAAGCAUUUGAAUAGUCACUAUACUGUAUUGGAGAAGGAAGUGAAUUCACUUAAGUAACCUACUUGUUGUGAACAAAUACAGUAUCUAAUUUGUGUUUACUGAGAAUCUAUUGCUGAUAGUGAAAAAUGGUGAUUGAAUGUGUCAUAGAACAGUAUUAGCCUAUCUUAUUGUUGUCUAGAAAUAGGCCAGACCUCCAUCUUGUUUUGAACACUGUCUGCAUCGGUAGUGGACCUCACGAAUAACAGCCAGCAUUUUUCCACUCGCGUACAAACAUUCCCUCACGUCGUGAGGCCAAGUGCAGAGUCUACUGUUGUUUCCACUUCAACACUUCUGGCUAUCUGCCAGCCAGGGUGACCAACCAACCCCACCCUUCUCUUCUUUACCAAUGGGAUGCCAAGCCAACCCCCCUAUCACACGGAGAGCCACCCUCAGGAUACACACACUGAUACUACAUUUUCUAGAUCAGGCCCUAGUAGGGUAACAGUAGGGUCUGCCUUCAAAUGAGAGCCUAUUCCUUUUAUAGUGCACUACUUUUGACCAGAGUCCUAUGGGCCCAAUAGAGCACUACAUAGAGAAUAGGGUGCCAUUUGGGACAAAGUCCAUAGUCAGGAUAACAUGUAGUAGGGUCUCUCUCUGAGCCUGAGAGUGCUCCCCCUAGUGGUAUAAUAAGUUUGUGCUGCACCACCUCCAGGCGUUUGAGUGUCUGCUGCAGCUCUAUGAGGCCCGGACCAGCCAUGAGGACUUUUGCAUCCCGAUGUGUAUGCUGCCUGCCACCAUUAGUAACAAUGUGCCCGGUACUGAUCUGAGUAUUGGGGCAGACACUUCCCUCAAUGCCAUUGUGGAGGUAAGUUAGAACUCACAUAGCCUGGUCCCACAUCUGUUUGUGCUCUUGCCAACUUCAUUGCUGUCAUUGUCAAGACAAGCAUGACAAGGAGUGACAGGGAGUUGGAAUGAUAGCACAAACAGACUGGCACUCAGGCUAGAACACAGCUUUCAACAGGGGUGAAAUGAUACCAUACUAUUAAAGUUAUCAACCAUCACUCAAUUUGUAUUAUUAUGUGGUAUGCUUUCCUAGAGAUCUACAAGUAUACUUAUGAGCAUUGUAUUAGCUAAAAUACAAAAACUAAAAUAGCUUGGGCAAGAAUUCUCUUAUUGGACAGACCCUAGUUGACAUUGUGGAAAAGAAGAAUGCACAAAUGUACAUGGGAUAUAGACUGACAACAGACAUUUCCCACAAUUUCUCUCCCACAUUUACACAGACUGACACAGGCACAUACUGUACACAAACCCAUAUCUGUGCAUUUAGAACAUGUAUGCUUUAAUAGUUCGAAUGACUCUUUCUUUACUAACUGUUUUCUGGUUUAGCGUUAUAGAAGAAUUCUUUAUCAGACUCUGCAUCCUGGUAAAUCUUGCAAUACUGUUUGUAUUUUACGAUCAUAUUAUAUUUAAGCAAUAAGGCACGAGGGGGUGUGGUACAUGGACAAUGUACCAUGGCUAAGGGCUGUUCUUAUGCACGACGCAACGUGGUAUAUUGGCCAUAUACCACAAACCCCAGAGGUGCCUUAUUGCUAUUAUAAACUGGUUACCAACAUAAUUAGAGCAGCAAAAAUGUUUUGUCAUACCCGUGGUAUACGGCUAUCAGCCAAUCAGCAUUCAGGGCUCGAACCACCCAGUUUAUAAUGUGACAUGGGCAAUUGUUUUAGGCAAUUGUGUGAGCAUGUUUGAUACCUACUGUAUAGACAGCAUUUUUGUAUGUACCUACUACCUAACAAAAUAACAUUGUCUGCAUGCUAUUGAUAACCUUACAGUGAUUGCAUCCCAAAUGGCACCCUAUUCCCUAUAGUGCACUACUUUUGAACAGAGCCUUAUGGGCCCUGGACAAAAGUAGUGCACUAAAUAAAGAAUAGGGUGCCAUUUGGGACGCAUACAGUGUGUCUUUGAUUUGACUAUGAGCAUCUGUGUGUGUGUCAGACAUGUGACCGCAUCAAGCAGUCUGCCAGUGGGACUAAGCGGCGAGUGUUCAUCAUUGAGACCAUGGGGGGGUACUGUGGGUACCUGGCCAGUGUCGGGGGGCUGGCUGCGGGGGCUGACACUGUCUACAUCUAUGAGGAACCCUUCGACAUCAGAGACCUCCAGGUGAGGACCAUUGUUUUACAAAGGGUUGCAAAAUUCCGUCAACUUUCCCAAAUUCCCAGUUUUUAUAGAAAUCCUGGUUGGAAGAUUCUCGGAAUCAGAAGGGAAUAAGCAGGAAAUUCGGAAACCUCCAACCAGGAUUUAUGGAAAACCUGGGAAUUUUGGAACCCUAGUUUUACACAGUAUACACUGUUACAAACGUAAAUGUUUACAUCAUAGUUAAUUACUCAGUAGAUACAUGUGCAGCUGUGACAACUUUCUAAGUCAAAACACCUUUUUUAGUAUGGAGAGCAAUCUCCACGUGGCUGUCAAUGGUUCUAUUGUCUUAUUUAUACAGUUUAUUCAACACUCCAAGGAAAGAGCAUCCUUGACAGCAAUGUUUGCUUCCCAAAUGGCACCCUAUUCCCUUUAUAGUGCACUACUUUUGACCAGAGCCCUAUUGGCCCUGAUCAAAAGUAGUGUACUGUAAAGCAAACAUGUUGCCUCUUAGGAAGCAACCAAUGACUGAACAUAUCAAACUUGUCCCGUGUAGCUCAGUUGGUAGAGCAUGGCGUUUGCAACGCCAGGGUUGUGGGUUCGUUUCCCACGGGGGACCAGUAUGAAAAAUGUAUGCACUCGCUCUGGAUAAGAGCGUCUGCUAAAUGAAUAAAAUCUCAAAUCUAACUACACUCUGUUCACUGUCCAGCUGCCAAUCACUCUCUCAUCCCUCAGCGCAACGGGGCCUCUAUUUUAGGAGUGCUCAGGUGACCCAGAUACAGUGCAUUACAGUACGUAGAUAAGGCAGUUAUUAAUAGGUAGAGAGCAUCAUUAUUCCAGGAGUGUUAAGCUCUGAUCAAGACAGAUAACAUUGUUAUAGUUUGAGGAGGUCUACUCAACAUCACUAGAGAGAGUUGUUGAUGUGCUAGUUUUUAUUGUCAGAGAGACACAUUGCUGUUUUCAGGUAUACAAAAAUUGUAGAGCCCCUCAGAUUAUGGAGAAAAUAUGCAGUCUCCUUCUAAGAUCAGACCAAUGACAUCAAAAUGAAAGUAUUAUUUAAUGCAAUUAAUGUUAUGGAUAUGCUACAUUAUGAAACAAGUUGAUGUUGAUAUUUACCCAUGUGUUGCAAAGAGCACACACAUUAUAAACAAAAGAUCAUGUUGAUUUUGUGUAAUGAGUGGGCUACAAUAAUGUUCAAUCUGUAGCCUACAUUGAUUGGAGUGAAUGGUGACAGCUCAACUAAAUGGACAGAAAAUCUGUAAGAUGCGAGCCACCUCCUGGUCACCAGAGCAUACUGCAGUACUCUGAGACACAGCAGAUAAAUAAUAAUAAAAAUAAUAUGCCAUUUAGCAGACGCUUUUAUCCAAGGCGACUUACAGUCAUGCGUGCAUAUAUAUAUAUUUUUGUGUAUGGGUGGUCCCGGGGAUCGAACCCACUACCUUGGCGUUACAAGCGCCGUGCUCUACCAGCUGAGCUACAGAGGACCACAAUUAGCUUCAUUCUGCAGCUUUGAAAGUUCAUGUAGGUUAGAGACAGAGGAGGAAUACUCUAGGAUACUUCAGACUUAUCACAUGUGAGGAUUUUCUCACUGCUUCAGUCCAACGUCGAGCACUUGACAGAGAAGAUGAAGACGGGGAUCCAGAGAGGCUUGGUGCUGAGGUAAGUAAGGCAGAGCUCACAUCCUGCAUGAUAGCCUCUUUACAAAUGGACAGUAUGUUAACAAUAAAGGCAUAUGUGUACGUAGCCAGCUAUGUAUGAUAGUCUUACUAUCUUUAUGCCGUACUGUGUAGGCUAUUAAUACAAAUUGUCUAAUAAAACUCUUCAUUUGUAUGUUAAAAUAUAAACUUUUUGGAACUAUUAAUCACAAUUAUGGCCUAUUUAUAUUUUGAACAGGCCCUAAUUCUUCCUGUACUGUUGAUGUUCUCUUGAGGCUCUAUCGAGGCCACUCAUCAUUGCUCUGAAUGACUGAACUGAGAGGGAAGAGUCAGCCUGUAGCGCAGCAGCAGGACAAAUGGAACCUUGACAUUGUGUGUGUGUGCGUGCACGUGUAUGUGACGUUACAGGAAUGAGAACUCCAACGAGAACUUCACCACAGAUUUCAUCAACCAACUGUACUCUGAGGAGGGGAAAGGAGUGUUUGACUGCAGGAAGAACGUGCUUGGACAUAUGCAGCAGGUAUGGUUAGUUCAUUACACAUGCACGCGCACACACAAAUUAGCCUACUACAACCCUAACCCAUGAACCUGACCUGAGUAAAACAGAUAAUUUGUUUUUAUUUAUUUCCAAAGGGAGGCGCUCCUUCUCCAUUUGACAGGAACUUUGGAACGAAGAUUGCAGCAAAAGCAAUUCAGUGGAUUUCAAGAAAGCUAAAGGAGUCCUAUAAAGACGGUACAGUACAUGUACCCAAAUGGCACCCAAUCCCUUAAUUGGUGCACUACUUUUGACAAUGGCCCAUAGGGCUCUCUAGUCAAAAGUAGUGCACUAUAUUGGGAAUAUGGUGUCAAUUGGGACAUAAAUAAAUGUGUGUUGACUAUAUUCCCUCACCAUGCAGGGAAAGUGUUUGCUAACACAGAGGACACGGCCUGUUUGCUGGGGAUGCGUCGCAGAACCAUGGCCUUCCAACCAGUGGUGCAUCUGAAAGAUGAGACAGACUUUGCGUAAGACAACAUUUACAGUACCUUCAGGCACAGCACUUACACACACAGACAGACAGACACCCAUUUAGGCUUUCAACCAAUGACUGUUCUUCAAAUGAGAGAGAUAGUAAUUUUUCUGUGUAGACCUCCAUAGUAGCACAUAAUGAGAAGAUAGUACAAUGAUCUAUUCAAUAUGACUGACUAAUCCUAAAUACAACGUCCACCCGUCUUUUUGGUCUCUCAUACACAGUAUGUGUGUGUCUCUUAUCUCUCUUUCUCUCUGUGUGUGUGUGUGUGUGUGUGUGUGUGUAGCCACAGGAUCCCUAAGGAACAGUGGUGGUUGAAGCUUCAUCCCCUGAUGAAGAUCCUGGCUAAGUACAAGACCAGCUACGAUGUGUCUGACUCUGGCCAGAUGGAGCCAGUGACCCGGGUCAGGCCCAAGAAGGCGGACUAG